GAGUUUUUGUGUGCUCUUUCUCUUCUCCUUCCUCCUCGUCACUCGCUUUCAAACAUUGUCUCGACAUACACUGCACAUUCUUUUCGUGUGUUCCCUGGAGGACGUUCGCCGUUUUGGAUGCUAGUCCGCCUAGAGCCAAUUUUAGGCCGUUUAGUCUGUUGAUCGAUUUCUCCACGCUCUUUUUAUGCACCAUUCAGCGUCGCCCGAUCAGGACUCCCUCCAUACACGCUCAUUGAUACUCGUUUGGCGAUUCAUUCUGCCCGUCAUAGCUCGUCUGGAGCCGAUCUUAUCUGCUACCUUGGGCAAUACUCUGUCGCUUAGAUCCACUGCAAUUUUUUAGUACCGGGACCUUCGUUUUGUUCCCCUCCUCUCUUUCCUCUUUCACUUUCUCUCUUUUUAUCCAAAGUCAUCGAUGUCGGGUCGGCCUGGCGUCGCAGAGAAACGCUUCUCAGCAAAUAAAUUUCACCCACUCCCUGAUGAUUUGAACAGCAACCACGGUAUGGCGAACCCCAACGACGCUACCAUCGAUAUACCCUUGACCACCGUGCCCAGUCGAGGCGGCACUGGUGCCCGUAAGAUCAACACCAAUGGCUACGACGCCGCUUCUAACGGCAAUUACGACAAUGGCGAAAAGUCUGGCUCGGACUUGCCUAAUCGACCUGGCCCUGGUCGUCGGAAGAAAACCAGUGGUGAAGCCUCUGCUAGCCAGAUAAACGAGGAGGAGGAUGCCAUCAAUCGCAUGGGCCGGAUUUACAAUGCAAUUCUCAACUUUUCUGUCAUAACCCGCUAUUUUAUCUACGUCUCUCCAUUGGCCCUGGUAAUUGCUAUUCCCAUAAUUAUUGGAGCUACUGCUGCUCCCAACUCAAAAAUUGGUGGUGUUAGGAUUGUCUGGUUUUUCACUUGGAUUGAGGUUGUCUGGUUGAGUUUGUGGGUGUCUAAGCUCUGUGCCCACUUUCUGCCAUAUCUCUUUCAGUUCCUUAUUGGCAUUGUUAGUGCUGGCACUAAGAAAUAUGCUCUCAUUCUCCGUGCCUUGGAGAUCCCUUUGUCCUUGGUCGGCUGGUCUCUGGUAUCUUUAGCCACCUUUAUGCCGAUUAUGACUUCAAACCCGGAUAACAGCGCCCAUGGCAACGAUUCAUCAGGCUGGGAAUAUACAGUCAAGCAAAUUCUCUUUGCCCUCUUGAUCUGCACCCUUAUCCUUCUGGCUGAAAAGACGCUAGUCCAGUUGAUUUCUGUCAGCUACCACCGGAAGCAAUAUGAUACCAGAAUCAAGGAGUCAAAGCACAAUAUCGACCUGCUUGGGUAUCUCUAUGAAGCGUCCCGGUCCAUGUUCCCAGAGUUUUGCAAAGAGUUUGAAGAAGAGGACGCCGUCAUUUCCGACACCAUUCUUGGUAUGGAAAAGAAGAAAUGGAAGCGCCACGGCCAUCACGACUCCGUCGCGCCUAUGCGUCUCAUCCGUAACGUAGGUCGCAAUGUCGGUCGUGUUGGCGACAAGGUCACGGCUGCGUUUGGCAAUGUUGCCUCUGAAAUUACUGGCAAGCACAUUUUUGAUACCGGUUCCGCCCAUUCAAUUGUUACCAAUGCAUUGGAUCGCCAUCGCUCUUCUGAGGCACUUGCAAAGCGUAUUUGGAUGUCUUUCGUGGUUGAGGGCAAGGAUGCACUAUAUGCAGAAGACAUUGCUGAAGUGUUAGGCGCUGGCCGCGAACAUGAAGCUGAAGAGUGCUUCCACAUCCUGGACCGCGAUGGAAAUGGAGACGUCAGCAUGGACGAAAUGAUUUUGACUGUAGCCGAGUUUGGCCGUGUGCGCAAGUCGAUUUCCAGGAGCAUGCACGAUGUCGACCAUGCCAUUCACGUUCUAGACAACUUGCUUCUCGUCGUUGCUCUGAUUAUCAUGAUUCUUGUCUUCGUUUCUUUUGUGACUACCGGUGCUGCAACUGUUAUUGCUGCUGGCGCGACCUCGUUAUUGUCUCUCUCUUUCGUCUUUUCCGUCACCGCCCAGGAAGUGCUUGGUUCCUGCGUUUUCCUCUUCGUCAAACAUCCCUUUGACGUCGGCGACCGCGUUCAGAUUAGCACGCAGGAAUUGUUCGUCGAGGAGAUUUCCCUGCUGUAUACAGUCUUCCGUACUGUCGCCGAGCAACGGAUCACCCAAGUUCCCAACGUUGUUCUGAAUACCACCUGGAUUGACAACGUCACUCGUUCCAAGGCCAUGCGGGAACGCAUCUCUCUCUUCGUCGACUUUGCCACCACAUUCGCUGACAUCCAGCUGCUCAAGCUCGAGAUGGAGAAGUUCGUGCGUGAGAAGGAAAACAGCCGUGACUUCCAACCUGACAUUGACAUCGAGGUGGUCGACCUAGGCAAUAUGGACAAAUUGGAACUCCGCGUCGAAAUCCGCCACAAGUCCAACUGGUCGAACGAGACUGUCCGCGCUGCGCGUCGAUCCAAGUUCAUGUGCGCUCUCGUACUGGCUAUCCGCAAGGUUCCCAUCAAUGGUCCUGGCGGUGGUGGUGCCGCACUGGGUGCCCCUGGCAACCCAUCCUACUCUGUCGCAAUCUCCGACGAACUGGCCAAGAAGUACCGCGAGGACGCUGCAGCAGCUCAAGAAGACGCUCGUUGGAUCCCAACCAGCCAGAUGGCCGAGUUGCAUUCCACUCUCUCCCCAACCAUGGCCGCGAAAUCCAGCGCUGUCGAGACCACCGGCAAUGACAGUAUCGUGCAGCGCGCCGCCGCAGGCAAGAAGAUGAACGAAGCUGCUUUCGUCGAGGUCCUGAACAGCCGUCCAGCCGGCUACGACAUCGCCCGUCCAGACGAGUCUGCGCAGCUCUUCCGCGUUCCCAGCGCUACGUCUGGCCAGGACAUCAACAACCAGCUGAGUCCCGUCCAAGAGUCCGACCGCACAUCACUCCUCCGUGGACCAUCUGGUCGUCGACGCGGCGGUGCUGAUACCUCGCCCGGACCUCCCUCACCACUGGCAAUCCCACCGGCUGUAACCGGCGCCGCGGCCCCAACUGACCGCUACGAGAUCCCCAGCUACUACUCUGCUGCCGUGUCCACUGGCGGUGCAGCUCCCUCUGGCGGCCAGUACGAAUCCAACAACCCAUACGGCCGCGUCUCGCCUGCCCACGGCCAAUCCGCAAACCCCUACCAGUCCGUGCCCCCUCAAUAUCAAUCCCCUCCAGCCCGCCGAGAAGUGCCGACCCAAGGCAAUGCUUUCGCACAGAUGCAUCAACAGCAGGUCGUGCCGCAGAUCCAGCACCCUGAUGUAUCGCCUGUGGACGACGAGGAUGAGACGAACACCCCUCGCCGAUGAAUUUAAUCAUGACCUUGGCCUUCAUUCUCUCACGGCUAUGACUAUCUAAAAAGCAUCCGUUCUUUCCAUAAAUGACGAUGUCUGUCAUCUCCGAGUUCUAGCGGGAUAUGUAAUUUGGAAUCUUUUCUGUUCUGUUCUGCUCUAGCCAACUGGCCCGCUUUUUGGGGUGCAGUGGAAUGUAUUCAUGUCAAAUAGAAUUUUGCAUCUUGAUUUUCGUAUCAGACGUACAUAACGGAGGACUCAUUAGUGCGUUUUCACGAAUAAAAUACCAUAUCAAAAAAUGAUGGCCUAUUUUGAAGACGUAACAGCGAAUGUCUAGCCUGAAGUUGAAGUUAUCGGUGUUUAUAGUUAACUUCUAUAUGAAGGUGAUAAAGAAAGUCUCGUUCAAAUACAGGGUUGAUAUUAGAAAGGAA